GUCACAGACUGGCGGGCGACAGUCAUUCGGUGUCACAUACUGAAUGAUUUGCAAUACGGCAUGUGGGAGCGGAUUCAAGAGCAUGAAUUUGACGUGGAUGAAGAAGAGGUAUUUCGGCAGCAGGAGCGGCCAUGCCCCCGGGAGAGUCACGCUGCGGCGCCCUGGGGCCGCGGUGACUCCAUGAUCGUCUUCGGCGGGCUGGGUGAGCGAUCCUACAACGACCUCUUCAUCCUGGACAGAGUGUACGACGAUGACGAAGGACACAACCAUGAUGCCGUGGGUCCUGCAGGGCCGUCAUCGGGCCCGAGCAGACCAGCAGCUGCCGUGCAGUCAACGACAGCAGCAGCAGCAACAGCACGCGGUGCGGCAUCCAUGGCCAACGAGGCGACCAGUGGCAACAGUACAGGACUCAGCCAGCACCCACAGCAUCAGAAGCAGGCUGGAAGCCGCCGCCGUACAGAACCGUGGCUUGGCCCUGGUGAGGAACCUGGUCCAUACCGGUGGCAGUGGCGCAUUCCCAGGGUGGCAGGCCGGGCCCCUGCUGCUCGCCGGGGCCACACCGCGACCAGGUGUGGUCGGCAUGGAGAGCUGCUGGCAGUGUACGGCGGAUCGCUGAGCCUUGGGAUGGACCCCAACGACACGCUGGUCAUCUUGGGCCCGUACACAGCUACUACUGCUGCAGGUAGCGAUGACGACGAUCACGGCUUGGAGGCUCAGGACGAGUACGAGUACGAGUACGAGUACGAGUGGUAUCGCCCGACAUUGCAGGGGCCCAAUCCUGGGUCUCGGUGCUAUCAUGGCGCGUGUGCCUCUGAGGACGGCCUUCGGCUGUUCCUGUUCGGGGGUAUUUCGGAGCGCAACAGCAUUGCACAACUGACAGUCAUCGACCUGGCUAGCUGGACAGUGGAGUAUCCCGUCACCACCGGCAGUCCCCCAAGUCCCCGCUUCGGCUGCUCCAUGGUUGUGUACGGCAACCGGUUAUGGGUCAUUGGCGGUGGGAACGGUGGCCAUCGGGUUGAGUCGGGAGUCGAUUUGGACGACAUUUUCACGCUGGACCUAACCUCCAUGAAGUGGACCCAACUGACAACCGUCAACCGCCCGCACGACGAAAAGGUGCUGGGCCGCUGCCACUCGUCUACCCUGGUGGGCUCAAAGCUGGUGUUGUUCGGGGGUUCCUUGGAGCUCGGAAAUGACAUCGCUUGGCUGGACCUGGACCGCGGUGUGUGGGGCCGGCCGGUGGUCCAGGGGCAGCGCCCUGGCAUGCGGAUGUGCGCAUCGCUGGUCCGCUGCGGAUCUGACUUGCUGGUGUAUGGUGGAUGGAGGUACUCCUGUGGCGAGAUGGGGGACCUCCACCGCUUGCGCCUACUUGUAACUGGCCACGAGCUAAAAGAAGCAUGCGGCAGUACGAACGUGGCCGCCAUGCAGUACGACAACGGCGCCUUCGACCCGAGUGGUCCCAUCCCUUCCCCCUCCCUCCUCGCCACGUUCCCCCCUUGGGACGCCAUCGACAUACUGUACGAAUUCAUGAGCGCCAGGAUUGCGGAGCUUUACUUAAUGAUGCGUGAAGCUCUAGAAUGGGAGAGCACCGGAGUUCGGGUACCCGUGGCGCUGUCCGAGGACAUAGAGUACUCCCUGAAUGAGUGCAAGGAGCUGCGGUCCUUGUGCCGGUGGUUGAACGGGGAUGAGGAUGUGCCAUGGCACGACAUGCCUUGGAUAGACGAUGAGGACGACGCGCCGGACUGGCACUUCCAAGUGAACAAUGAAGGGGACGAGGAAGAACAUCACGUGGUGGAGGACGAGGGGGAGAAGGAAUAUCACGAGGAGGAGGGCGAGGAGGACGCGGGGGGGGAGGAGGACGAAGAGGAGGAGGACGAGGAGGAGGAGGACGAGGAGGAGGAGGACGAGGAGGAGGAGGACGAGGAGGAGGACAACUGGGACGACGAUGCAAUGGAGGGGCAGGGGGGAUGA